AUGGGUAAAUUAUUUCAAUUGUUAGCUCAUCCAACUGAAUUUGUUGCUGCCGUAAAGAUAUUGGGAUUCAGACAAACUUUACAUCCACAGAAAAUAGACCCAAAUGAUACUGACUUGAUAAGAUGUUAUGAAUUGUUAAAAUUAACUUCAAGAUCAUUCGCUGCUGUUAUUAAAGAAUUACAUCCUGAUUUGCGUGAUGCUAUCAUGAUUUUCUACCUUGUUUUGAGAGCAUUGGAUACUAUUGAAGAUGAUAUGUCUAUUAAACCAGCAGUCAAAGUUCCAUUAUUGAGAUCAUUUGAUGAUAAAUUAGAUACUGAAGAUUGGACAUUUGAUGGAAAUGGUCCAAAUGAAAAGGAUAGAGCUGUUUUGGUUGAAUUUGACAAGAUUUUACGUGUAUAUCACAGAUUUAAACCAGAAUACCAAGCUAUCAUCAAAGACAUCACCAAGAAAAUGGGUAAUGGUAUGGCCGAUUAUAUCUUGGAUGAAAAUUUCAAUGUCAACGGUGUUGUUACUGUUAAGGACUAUGAUUUGUACUGUCAUUAUGUUGCUGGUUUAGUUGGUGAAGGAUUAACUGAAUUUUUGGUUUUAGUUAAAUUUGGUGAUCAAUCUUUAAGCGCAAACAAUUUUGAAAAAGCUGAAUCCAUGGGAUUAUUCUUACAAAAAACCAAUAUUAUCAGAGAUUAUCAUGAGGAUUUGGAAGAUGGAAGAAGCUUCUGGCCAAAAGAAAUAUGGGGUAAAUAUACUGAUAAAUUGCCAGCUUUCCACAAUGACCCAGCAAAAGAAUUUGAUGGUGUGAGCUGUAUUAAUGAAUUGGUUUUAAAUGCAUUAAAUCAUGUCACUGAUUGUCUUGAAUAUUUGUCUUUGGUUAAAGACCCAUCUAGUUUCUCAUUCUGUGCUAUUCCACAAGUAAUGGCCGUUGCCACUUUAGCUGAAGUUUACAAUAAUCCAAAAGUUUUACAUGGAGUUGUUAAAAUCAGAAAGGGAACCACUUGUAAAUUGAUUUUACAAAGUAGAACUUUCCCAGGAGUUGUUGAAAUCUUUAAACAUUACAUUCAAGUCAUCAACCAUAAGUCACACCCAAGGGAUCCAAACUAUUUGAAGAUUGGUAUUAAAUGUGGUCAAAUUGAACAAUGCUGUGAAAUGUUGUAUCCAAACAAGGAUGCUUUACCAUCAACUAUGACCACUGUUCCGGAAAAUAAAUAUUCCAAAACUAUUGCUGCUAGAGAAAAAGUUGACAACUCUAUACAGAGAAUUAUUGAACAAGAAGACUUCAACUUUAAUGUUGUAUUCUUUAGUAUCAGUGUAUUAAUUGCUGGUUUGAUUUACUUCAUCCGUAAUUGA